GCAGUAAAACUUACCGCUCCCCCUCCCAUCCCUUUUUAUUUUUCUCUCUCUUUCUUUCUCUCGCUCUGUCGUUUUAAAUAUUUUAGUGCUUGUCCUCGCAGCUCACGAUUUGGUUCAAGUUUUCAGCACAAUAUGGUAUUUAUCUGACAUUCGAAAAGAAAACAUAUUUUGCAGUUAUGAAUAAUUUCGAUUUAUUGAUGUGCUCGGAGGACUGAAACAGUUCUCAUGCAUCUUGUUCUUAUUUUUUAUUCAUCAUUCAUCCUCAAACUUGCUCGCGCUUUUAUCUCCAUGUAAUUUUAAUGAGUCUUUUAUACGCAUCUGAGUCAAAAAUAUUCCAUUGAUCAAUGUUUUGGAAUUCAAGCGCAAAAAAUGGUAGCUGAAACCUUUUUAUUAAGUAGUUGUUUUUGCAACCAUAGAUUUUUUUAGUCAUAACUUUUCAAAAAUUAUUGAAUCGAAUAUAACAAUUGAUUUAACUUUAAUCGGAAACUGCAAUACGUGAACUGCAAUCUUCGAUUUCUGAGAAGUCGCCGCCAUGAGCAACCAUUCAAUUGACGACUACUUCAAAAUGUACGAGACGCAGAAUCAUUUCUACCAAUCAGACGGCCACACAACCCUAACGAGCCUCAAGUCGUCUGCUACUAACGGCACGACAGUCGGCAACCACCGUCUGACAACGACACCGACGACGACGCAGCAUCAAAAGUGGGUGGAAAGCGGCCCCGCCAGCCGAGAGCUGCACAAUGACCCUUUCCUAUCGCGAGAACAAUUCGUGACUCACGCUGGUGUUAGAGCCCAGUCGUCGGCACGAAACCUGAAUGACCCGAGACCCCGGUCACUUUGUGUGACCCUUUGGUACCUCUUGGUUAUCGCAACACUCGCCGUUAUUUCGUCAGCUGCAAUUUAUAUACUGUGGAACGAUUAUUCUCGUGUUGGAACUUUCAUAGUCGAAACUACUAAAUUUUCUCCUCUCGAAAAUUUCGAAUUUCCAGUUGUCACAAUUUGCAAUAAAUCACCUCUGAACGUCUACCAGAAUCCAUACGCUAACCCAUUUUCAACCCAGCAAACCGAUUCCCUCAUUUCGGCUAUCAGAAACGCUUCUGAUGGCUCGUCCAAUUUUUCAGCGCUGAAUAAUAUUGCGGUCUACAACGAAGACUACUUCUAUGCUAGCUAUAGCAAAAAGUUCGCAUACCAACAUCGAACUAAGUUGCAACAAUUCUUUUUUUCUUGUCGGUUCUAUAAUGCACCCUACCAAUGUGAUUUGCUGUUCAAGCCAGUGUAUGUUCCACUGAAGGGUAUUUGCUACAGAUCCCAAUUUAGCAAAGCCUGGCCAAUAGAAAUAGGACCGUUUUUGGGCCUGGAUAUUCAUUUCUACUUUGAAAAAAAUAGAGUCCUGGACAACGAAGACUCGCCGUUAUUCGGCCGAGGAGCUCUAGUGAUAAUAGGCGAUCACCAGGGUUCGGAAAACGCAAUUCCCAUUAACGUCGGCACCUCGACGUCUCUCUCGGCCAGGGAGAUACAAUACACCCAGAACGAAUCGUAUAAAUCGCACCAAUGUUACCACGCCACAGAAACUCCCUUCUCGUAUCUCCAAGCCUCGACAGUGACUAACGACGAAGUGAAACUGGGAUACUCCAUCGAAAUGUGUCGGAACCUUUGCAAUAAUGACGUAUGGAAAAAGGCUUUCGGAUGCUACUUGCAUGCGGGCUAUUAUAGCCUCAGUGACGAAGAAUGUAUGGACGAUACAGCGCAACGGAAACUAACAAUCCAAGCUAUGGUCGGUGGACACUCAAAUUUGACCAAAAAACUCCGCAAGGACGGUAAGGCUUGUUCCAAGCAAUGUCAACCGCUAUGCGAUUAUAAAAAAUACGAUUACACCCAAAUGACAAGUCCAAUGAAGGUGAGCACCAACUAUGUGAACAACCUCAUAAAAAGAAAUACGGUCACAAAGGAGGGCAAAGAUUGGAUGGAAAGAGAAACAGAAUCGAAACACAGCAGACCGACAGAGUUGCAGAAGAACCUAGCACACUUGAAAGUGUUCGUUGACUCGUCAAAUCGCAAAAAGACGGUCUCCUUUCAGCCCGUGAGCACAACGCCUCGCUUCUUUGCAGAUAUCUGCGCAAUUAUGGCACUGGCCCUUGCAAUAUUUUACACCCUCGCACUUUUCAGAUCAACAAAUUUCACUUCUCAAAGUGACGAAUUACAAAGGAUAUAAAAAGCAGACAUUUCCACAAAUUUUGUAAAGUUUUCAUUAAUUAACCCUUUUAAGUGUUAAAAUGCAACAAAGUCACGCUGAGUUCAAAAAUGUUGCUGUCUAAGUUUACAUAAUGUUUUUGAUUUAGAAACUAUUUUGCAUUGAAAAGAAUGAUUUAGCUUCUGAUUUAGAGAUUUAGUUUCCCUCAUUCCUUGCCUUAUAAGGACCAAACCUCUCAUGCGAGAAGGACCAAUGUUGACGAAAAAUUGUAAGCCAAUCAGAAUUCACUAUUGGAAAAUCUUUAGAAAAAACGCUGGAAACUCUGUCAUUUUUAGACAGCUUCCAGAAUUUUGAUUGGUUGAAAGCUCAAUCGGUCCUUCUGCCACGAGAAGAGCCACCCCCCCCCCCCCCUGACUUACAUGUAUUUAUUCCUAUCGCAACCAGUCAAAUUAUCCUAAUGUAAUCAUUGAAUCAAUUAAACUUUGGGUUUCCUGUCAUAAUUGUCAUAAUAUCAUUAAAACACUGGGGAAACAGUUGUUUAUUUGAUUAAUGGGUUCUCAAUGUUUUACUGAUACUUUUU